UUAAUUUGCCUUUGUCUAUGCACAUAGAUAAUGGGCAAAUUACAGAGACAGGAUUUAAAGAUGUUGCGAAAGACUUGAAAGACAAUUUACAACUUCUGCAACAGAGCAUUCAACAAAGGAAGGACCUGUCUUUCGUAUCCAUUGUUGAUGUCUCCUACCAGAACGGUCUCGUUUAUUUAACAUUUGAUGUUAAAGAUGAGGCUCAGUUGAGUAGCUUGUAUAAUUGUCUGAAGAGCAGGAACAAUGAACUUUCAAAAUGGAUAACAACAUACUUCAUGGAAAGGUCUUUGGAGGUGAUAGCUGGGUUAAUUUUGUUCACAGACAUCACUUGCGACAUCUGGAUGAUGAAGAGUGUUUACCAUAAAAGUAAUCUGGAGCUUUGUGAAUUAGAAGAAGAGUUAAGGGACGACCAUUCAAAUUCAAACAGUAACGAUGCUACAAAUGGAAGAAACAAGUCUACAGAAACGUCUCUGACUUCAGGAAGCGUUAAGCAGAAAGUGAAAGAGAUAGACCAAAUGUCGACUGCAAUUUCUGACAGAAAGCCAAAAGACUACCAGCCACCUGUUGGCGCUCAGAGUGACCUUGGAAGGCAACCAGGAGGAUAUCCAUACAAAGCUAAGGAACAUUCGACUUCAGAUGAUAGAACAUUUGAAAGAAAGUCGUUUCUGUUAUAUUACCGUUCAACAAAAGGAUGGAAAGUAAAACAAAUUGAAAUCCAAAGUGAUUGCAAAUAUCUGAAUGCAAACAUGCAAGUUCAUGGCAUUGAUAUGUAUGAGUAUUCGGUUGAUGUUCCUGUUGAUCAGUUUAAUGUGUCUUACCAGUAUGUAUGUCAUCUAAAAAGUGACAGUUAUUUAAACAUAAAAGGUAACUUAAUGGGGACACCACCUGCAAAAAGUAGGAAAUAUCGUCUUGACGGCAACGCUAUACAAAGAGAUAGUUGGAUGGAACAAGGACAGAAAAUACAAGACCCAUACAAAUUUGAUGAAGAGUGCCUUAGUGCACAUUUGACUGAUAUAUUGUUUCAUUGUCAAACCCAUUUUAGUAUCACAGAUGCAUGUUUUCAGAUAGAACAUUUAUGUUCUCGAAAGCUUCCAAGAACAAACGCAUGGCGUCUGUUGAAAGAAUUUGCAAUAUGUCUACCAUCGGGGACAGACAAAACUAGGUUGUUGUUUGCUAUUACAAUAGGGAAUGUUUUAACACAUCCUCAACAUAUACUACAGGAACAAAUAAUUGAUGAAACAACAGCUAACAGCAUUAUGAAAGAUAUAACAAAAUACAGGCUAGGAGACCUUCCAAAAUCCUGUGUGAACUAUAUGUACUCGGUAUGUUUUUCCCUUUGUAUGCUACUGUUUGGAUCAUCAAUGUGCCUGCUUGAAUACCUGAGUACGUGUUAUCCUUUUUAUGACGACAAAUUUCUAUUGACACGGCUUCAAAACUACGUACAAUCCGGUGGCAGAAUUGCGUCAGAGAAAGAAUCGACAUUUCAUUGUGCACUCGAACUGUGUCGCAGCUUGUACAAAACAUCAGCAGAAGAAUCAUCGAGAAACGCCAAAGAUGCUCUUGAUAUACUGUUAAGACAUUUGCCAUUUAAUAUGACAUUAUUUGUCAUCUCGAAGAUGCGUUUAGAUCGAAAGGACGUGUCAGUUAAAGAAACAGACUUACAAAAUGUUCUAUACAGUGCACUGCAUGUGAGAAUAGAGGCUGAAAUAAGAGCUGUUAAGAAAAUGAGGAAUAUUCGACGAUUAAGUGAUCUCUGGAAAAGGAUAACCGACACUGACAAAUUGAAUGAAAACCUUAAGUCAAAAUUUGAGGAAGCUUUGUUUUCCAUUCUGGAAUCAUAUCCUGCAUCAGCUGGAGCAAUGGCUGAUAUUGUUGUAGAGUUUGUUUUAAACUUUCGUUUCUUUCAAGACGAAGAGGACAAGAGAAAAUUACUUCGUAUUAUAAUAGAAUCGCAGAACGACAUCAUACGAGAAUUAUUCUUUAUUCUUGCUAAUUGCAAGGAAAUGGAAAGUCAAUUCUUUUCCCUAGAAAAUGAGCAAUUCCAGUCCUUCUGCCUGAAAUAUGUGACAGGAAAUAUAACGUACUUCACAAAGAGAGAUGAAGAAUUCCAUUAUCUUUUGAAGCGUGUUUCCACACUUUGGGAAGUUCCCGUUGUAAAUCAAAAGGUUGGAUUCAAUGACAUUCUCGUGAAUAUUCUGCAGCGGGAAUUUGAAAGAUACCAUCCGAAGCAGUUACUGCAGCAGCUGAAAACUAUUGAUAAAAUUUCGGAGACCAAUGAUUGCAUAGCGACAGUAUUUAUCGGUCAUAUAGAAAAAACAUUAGAUGAAAAGGUGGAAAAGCCAGAGGACUUAAUGGACUACAUAUCAAACCAUAGAGGAAAACCAGUGGUUGAGACAAGAUUAUCAGCAAGACUACUCUGCACUAUACUGGAUAACUAUGGACUGUCAGAAAAAUCAAGUGACUUUGAUAACUUUCUGAAGCUUGUUUCACAGUAUUCUUUUUGGAUAUUAGUAUUUCACUGCACCGGCAGCUUCUUUGGUGUAGUUGAAAAAAAUGAUAACUACAGACACGCAUUCGCAUGUAUUUCAAGAAUGGUAAAACUCUUCAGCACCCAUGAAGUCCAUUAUGACUUUGUGCGAAAACUUGAAAUAAAUCAGCAGUCAACGUCUUCUGCAAAGAAACUACUUGAACUGAAAUGCGAAAGAAAUGAAAUAGAAAAAUAUUGGUCAGAAGCUUUAAUGAAAUUCAAAGAAGUUAAAGAUAAGCUACAUGUUACACGAGUGGUCAUGACACAAGUUAAACGAAUGUCGCCAAACUUACCUUCUGGCUUUGCUGCAGUGCUGAAACGCAUACAAGACAGCGAGAAAAAGCUAAACACCGGUAUGAUUACAGCAGUUGAAUGCGAUAAAGACACGCAUAUCUGGAAAGACUUGGAAACACUUCCUGAAAUCUGCAAGUAUCUUAGAAACGUAGUUUUUUCCACAGUAUUCUGGAACGUUUCAUCGGAUCGUGUUUAUGAGGAAUAUUUACUUCAAAGUCAAAGUGUAGAUGAUGAUGAUCCCCUCAAUUCGUUGUGUGAUCUAUUUCAAGAAAUGGCCGUGACCGACAGAAAAUACAACAAUAGCGAAAAUAGCUGUAUGUGUUUCAUGGAGAUAUUACAUAAGUUAGGGUCAUCAGAAUACGGGGAUAAAUGGAAAGCAAUAAUAAAAGAUGAUGAAUGUCGGAUGGAAGAGGUACUGAGAAUGUUUGGAUCUUCACCAGAUGUUUCGCAAGAAGUAGACAUUGCAAGAUUAUACUUACACAUUUCUAUUGAUGUGGAUGUAGAAGAAUGCUUAAAAAGAAUAUUUUCAAGCGAUUCUGUCAAGAAAACAGUCGAUGCGAUCGAAUUAGUUCUAAAUGCGUUCGGUGUCGACUGGAAAAGUGAUGAACUAUUUGCAAAAUCACUAACGUCUUUUCGACAACUUCUACUUGGUGCGGCGGAAGAUUACACAUUCAAAGAAGUUCAGCUUGCUUUAAAUACUGUAUUUUCAUUAGUCAGAAACCUUUCUGGAGAUACCGUCAACAUUAUGUUAGUUUUAGGAAGGUCAACAACAUUGAUUACAUUUCUCAGGAGUAUAGUUGAAGAAGAUAUAAAAAACCUGAUAGAUGCUGUGGAAGACAUUUCAGAGCAGCAGGUUCGUGAGUCAACGGUAUCUGCUUUGAUAGAGGUCAAGCAAUUCCUACAUCCACUUUUAUUGUCAAAAAGCAAACGAAAUUGCGGUGAAUUCUUCCAGACUUUGGAAAAGCAGACUAAAUUUUCAAGAACGAAUUCUGCUUCUCUUCCACAAAAAGUUGAAGACUGCAUACAGAAUUUGCAUAACCUGAAAUCACUUUACAAUGGCGUGGCAAACAGAGGCGAACAGACUAAAGAGAUGAUAAAAAAUAUAAUUCAAAAAGGCGUUUUUUCCUUUCAACUAAGAAGGUCAUACACAAGUACAUCUUUCGAAGCAUCGUAUAAACAAAAUAAGACAAAGGAAAUAAGAAAACGGUCCACGCUUAUAGAUCUUAGAAGUCGCGCACUUCUCCUCAUGAACACAGAGAGAAAGUCUACAAAUGAGGGACGUUUUAAUCGGGAUGAAUUAUUAAAAUUUGUCGAAAACAUAGACUUGUGUCUCGAUAUUGCAGAAAUACUUUUUGCCCUGUUUACUUCGGGCCAUACAAACUAUAUGACAGUAAAAGAGACAGUCAGACCACACGAGCUAUCACAAAGGAAGGACACGCUUAAACUCACAUUAGAAUCAUGGCUUCUGGACUUAAAUGAGGAACGGGAUAGCCACUAUUUGAUGACCUUUAUUCAGGGAAAUCAAAUCCAUAUUCUCUACAAGUAUCUGGAGGAACAUAGUGGGGAUACCAAUGUUGUUCAAACUAUUUUGAAUUUUAUACAUCCAAAAAUGCAAGCAGUAAACUUGAAAAAGAUAUAUUAUGGAGAAAAAGUACUGAAUGAAUCCUGGUCAAAUCGAAGAAUGCUUCAUUGUAUGGGAUUUGCAUUGCAUUCAUCAUUUGAAGGUUUGAACAUGUUUCAGCGAAACAUUAAGUGUCACAAAAUUAAAACAUUAACCAGUACAGUUCAGCCAAGCAGACUUACUGUAGCGCAGUUAGAUGAAGGGAGUCUUCAUACUGUAAAGACUGUGCUGGCUCUUUAUACGAACACGACACAAAGGCUUCCUGAACCGAACCAUAUACUAUUUUGUACACGAGAAACCACAUGGACUGAGCUAGAAUUGCUCGUUCGGCGAUGUCUUGGAGCAAAUGAAUUUUACAAAACUAAGGUGCUUUUUUGUAUCGCAAAUGUUGAAAUGUUACCAAAUGAAAUUCAGUUUAAUCUUGUGGAAACCUUACGGCAUCUACGUAAAGACAAAAAGUUCCAUCUUGCUAUCAUUUGUAGAGGUUCAAGGAGUCAUCCAUUCAUCGACGAAUUAAGUGACUGUGUAACAUCUAUUACUCCAGUGACAGAUAAAACCGUUCGGGAUAUAUUCAUGGAACACUGUGAAAAUGUUGUUACUGUUACCUCAAAGUUUCCUGGACUCGGGAAGUCCUCUUACAUAGUUUCGGAAGCGCAUAAGCAGCGAAAAGGGGUUGUUACGUUACACGUCAGUGGAUCAGUACGGAAAAUGCAACUUGUUGACAGAAUAAAUGGCCUGUGCAUGAGACGGCAUCAUGUCUUGCACAUUGAUUUAGGAAACGUUGACAGUCCGUCAGAACUAGAUACAUUCCUGUUUGAACUUGUUGUUUUGCGUUAUGUUUCGGCUGGAAAUAGUUCAGUAAGUUUACAUGCUUCUGGUGUAUAUAUUGAGAUAGCAAACACAAUCAAUGAUACGUUAAGAAAUGCAUUGCAGACAGCUGUAUUGUUUAGGAGAGUCGAAAUUGAAUGGAAUGGUAUAGAUGAUUUAAUAAUAAGUAAUGAAUUGAAUAGUCCUGUGCAAGUUGUUUGUCGUUACUUGAAACAUUUAGAAAACGGAUCAAUAGAUAGGAAGGAUAUAUCUUUUGACAAAAUAUCUGACAGACCCUUGUCAUCUAAACGUUGUAAGACACUUCUACAUAAAUAUGUUGGCGGAAAGCUAGAUAGCUCGUUUCCAGUACUUUUCACAUUUCUUAAUGUUUUGGCUGAUCAGCUAAAGAAGAUGACACACAGCUCGUUUUUCAAAAUCAGCCGUUUGAUUGACAUGGUUGGAAACAAAGUUCAGUUAACUGUUAAAAGCAGCUUAGUGGAAGCAAUGAUUGAAGUGUCAAGUGACUUUGCAACAAGAUCAGUUGACGUAUGCCGGGAGAGUCAGAUAUCAACAAUUGCGACAGAGGAAAAUUACCUGUCCGAUUUAGCAGCUUCUGUAACACAUCGUGUCGACAGCAUGAUAAGGUGGGAAGAGAGCAAUCACCUUAUGUUUGUAUUUCACAAUCAGAAUAUUCAUACAAUAUCUGCACUUUAUCGAAAUCUGUCAAAGGUACCAUAUGAAAUAAAAAAUCUAUUCGAAAGCCAGAUAAAAAAGAAAAUGGAGGAUUUCAAUUCUAUGGAUCAGGAGAAACUUCAAAGAAUGCUUCAAAAAGUAGCGAGAAUAAACCCAUUUCCUCUUCCAAAAGAGCAGCUGUUAGAACUUUCCAAGGAUUAUGCUUUGACUGCAGAUAAUUUACUCAAAAUGGUUUUAAUCAUGUUACGCAUCAAAGCAAACAUACCUGUGGUUAUUAUGGGUGAAACAGGAUGUGGAAAGACUUCGCUCAUUCGGUAUUUAGCCGCAAUAUGUGAUGUAGAUUUUGACGUUAUGAACAUACAUGCCGGUGUGAAAGAAGAGGAUAUCGUUGUUAGAGUUUUAAGAAACAACGAAAAUGCUUUAAUCCAAAUGGACAGUGAAAAAUGGCUUUUUCUUGAUGAAAUAAACACAUCCGAUAACAUAGGGAUUAUUUCUGACAUUAUGUGCCACCAUAGAUGUCUCGGAAAAGAGUUAUCUCCAAACCUAAUUAUAAUGGGUGCAUGCAAUCCAUACAAACUCAGAACUACAAAGGCAAUAUCUACUGCAGGUCUUGAAGGAAAAGCAAAAUCGGACGAAUUAUCGAGAUUAGUAUAUAGAGUGCUACCAUUGCCGGAAAUGAUGGUUGACUAUGUAUGGGACUUUGGAAGUUUGAAUGAAAAAGACGAAGAAACAUACAUAUAUCGAAUGGUUAGCGAUAUCUUCUUAGGAAACGAAAAACACCAUCAGUUGUUCACAAGUCUUUUGGCUGUUUCACAAUCGUUUGUACGAAGAAAAGAAGACUCAACAUACUCUGUUAGUCUUCGGGAUGUCCAUAGAUGCAAACUUUUGAUAAAAUGGUUUCUCACGAUUCUUCCGAAAAAGAAGCUUCCUGCAAAUGCAAAGUCAAAUUGUUGUGAUAUUACCAUUAAGGCAAUGAUAUUGUCACUGGCCCACUGUUACCAAAGCAGAUUUGCGGAGAAACAUCUCAGGAAGGAGUAUCGAGGUGUAAUUGGCGACACUUUCAUUUUGCAUGGCCAUCAAUUCGCUGGAGAACAAGAUGACUUCAUACAGAUGGUUAUCAAAGACGAACAGUCAGACAUCCUAAGAAGAAUGCAAUUACCACCAGGCACUGCCAGAAAUACAGCACUUCAAGAAAACGUUUUUGUCAUACUUGUUUGCAUUUUUAACAGAAUACCGAUUUUCGUUGUCGGAAAACCAGGAUGCAGCAAGUCCCUGGCAAUGCAGUUGAUCAAAAGUAAUUUACGAGGAAAAGAUUCGGAAGAUGAAUUCUUUAGAGAAUUACCACAAUUAUAUUGUGUAUCGUUCCAGGGAUCUGAAUCUUCAACAUCUGAUGGCAUAAUAAAAGUUUUUGAAAAAGCAGAAAAGUACCAAGAAUCAAAUAAUAUUGAAGAAGUCUUGUCAGUUGUUAUUUUAGAUGAGAUAGGGUUAGCGGAGGUCUCAAGAUUUAAUCCCUUGAAAGUGUUACACAAUCUCUUAGAACCAGACGGGGCGAGUCAGCCUAAUGUCGCCGUAGUAGGAAUAUCGAACUGGGCACUAGAUGCAUCUAAAAUGAACAGAGCAAUUCAUCUGUCACGUACGGAUAUGGACGAAGACGAAUUGUAUGACACUGCUAUUUCAAUCAGUGAAUCAUUUUUAGGAAACGAGAGAAAACAAUCGCUGUUUCAUAAAUCUGAUGCAAAUGAAAAUGAAAAUACACUUCAGAUUAUCGAGCGGGAGUUAAAUGGAAUGGCAAAGGCAUACUUCCAAUACAUAAAUGAACUGCGUUUCAAAAAUUUCCAUGGGUUGCGAGAUUAUUAUUCACUUAUCAAAUUUGUUGCACGGGUGUUUGCAGAACAAGGCUACAGAUGUUCUAAAGAAGACAAGGCCGAGAUGAUAACUGAUGGUAUCGCAAGGAACUUCGGUGGACUACCUGAUGAGAUGCAAACAUUAUAUGUCGUUUUUCAGCGACAUUUACCGCUAAUCAUAUCAAAAGAUAAACCUUUAAUGGAGCUGAUAACAGAAAAUAUUAAAGAUCCCAUUGCAAGACAUCUUAUGCUAAUAACAACUGGUGAAUCAGUUUUAGGUAUAAUUGAGCAAAAACUGAAGGAAAUUGGAUGUGAUCGGAAAGAAGUGAUAUUUGGGAGUCAGUUUGAAGAAGACUUGACGGACGAUUACAAUUACAGAAUUCUUAGUAGAAUAAUUUUGUGUAUGGAAGAGGGAGUAGUUCUGAUACUUAAAGAUUUAGAAAGCAUCUAUGGGAGCUUGUAUGACAUGUUGAAUCAGAAUUAUACAAUAAUUGGAAAGAAAAAAAAUUGUAGAGUUGCAUUAGGAGCCUACAGCAACCCAAUAUGUCACGUGUCAGAUUCGUUUAGAUGUAUCGUGCUAACAGACGAGAAGAAACUGGAUUUAACUGACCCUCCAUUUUUGAACAGGUUUGAAAAACAGUACCUUAGAUUCUUUGAUAUAAUCCAGGAAAAACAUACUCACAUCAUACAAAAGGUCGAGAACUGGCUUGAUGAACUCUCAGACACUUCAGAUGGUCAGAUAGAAAAGGAGGAAAUGCUUCCAGUCUACAAUAACGAUCUAACAGCGUCUUUGGUACUUAAGACCGAAUCUGACUACUCCGAGCAUUUUCAAGAAUCUGAAUAUGAUGAUUCAUUUCUAGCAGAAUGCAAGCAAAGGCUGAUGUGUGUCAUGAAACCAGAGGUUGUUAUCCGACAGAGGAUGUCCAAACAUCCUUCCAUUCAAAGUGUCUGUGACGACAUGAUCUGGCAAUACUUCUCUCUGCCUAUUCAUAAUGGGCUUCAAUAUUUCAUACUGCAACAGAUUGAAACUCCAGAAGAAUCAGUGAACGGUUUAUUAAAUAUCAUUUUUACCAAUAGCAAUGUCCAUACGAAGGUGAAAAUUACAUCCGAGAGAAUAAAACUGCAAGUUGAAAAACUAGGAGCUUUCAAGUCGGAAAAACAACUUUCGUCAAGAAUUCAGCAGUUUUGGGACACAGAAGAAUGCAAUAUUCUUAUAGUGCAGUGCAAUGCUAAAGAUGAUGAAAAGCACAUUCUGUUGACUAAGCUAGUAAUAGAGAGAUACAGGAACGAAUAUAUUGCACAAACUGCAAAUGAACCUAAGCACGUGUACGUUAUCAUUCAUUUAGACAGAAGCAGGGCAACAUCCCACAGCGUUUCGCAGCUAAAUUUUCUAUCUGAAUGGAAACUUGUUAUGAUGGAUAGCUUAGAUACACCGGCAAUUCCGCUUCCAAGUUUGUACAAAAUGACAUUACAGGAGGCCAUUCUAGAAAAAAGGCCACUGAGUGUGCACAUUCAGGAAGAAUUAUUCUGGGCUUUUUCAAGAAUUAGGUAUGGAAAUUUCGGUCGUGAUGUCGCAAGUAUAUCUGACGCAAUUGUCAGAAUAGAGGAAUCACCUGAACUCAUGGAAAUUAUACAAAACGAAAUAUUAUCAUGUAUUCGAAAACAGUACUCGGGAAAACAGGACAAAUAUUGGCAGCUGCAAGUAGCAAGUGAUGUAACGGCUCUGACAUCUUCUGCAAGCUUUAUUGAUGCCUUGGAGCAUUUCAUUAUGAGCAAAUUAAAAGAACCACUUGCUAAGCUGGUGUACAAAAUAGAGCUAACAGGAAUACUAGAAAGUUUUUUCCCGAGUAACGGUAGCAGUUUGGAAUAUUCCACAGCUGAUCAGAGUAAAAGAACGGCAUGGGUUUCAGGCAUACAUGACGAACGUAUGUUUUCUAUAGAAGGCAUACCCGAUGAAACAGGCCCCGAAUGCUAUACAUGUGAAACUGUUGAUUUUGCACUUAAAAUGCCUUUUAGUAAAUUUGUGUACGAAAGCAUUGAAGCCACGAAAGAUGACUUUAUGGAAACGGUUCGUACUUACCGGCUACAGUGUUUACUAAAUGAGGAUGAAGAAAUGCCUUCUGAAGUUUAUGAUGAAGUUCUUCUCCAGCAAGAACAAUUCCUUCUAAGAAAAAUCCCAGAUUUGAAUGAGUUUACAUAUGAAAAAUGGGAAGACGACUACUUAGACGAUUUUAGCACUAUUGGUUCUCACAUUAUCUUUACUGGUCCUGUGAGCUUGGAGCAAACUCAGUUCCUUAAACUUAUACUUGAACGUCUCGGAGUUGUAUUACAUGAUGACCCGUUUGUUUUUGUAUUACGUCUUCAUACAAUAUUCUGGGUUCAUUUUGCAAAGAUAAGGUCGGAAAUGAUAUUAAUUGACAGAUGCAUUUGUGUCAUUCCGGAAAGUAGAAAUGAAAUUCAGAAUGUACUAUCUCAGUUUAAGGUAACUGAGCAUGGAAAUUCUCACCAAGGCAGUAAUACAUUUGAAUAUACCAGUUUCAAAAAGAUAGAUGAGAAGGACACGAUAGAGAAAUAUUCAACCGGAAUAGAGCUUUCAACUCCACGUUUAGCAGAAGAAUACCAGAAUUCAGAGCAAGUGUUUGAAGACAACACAUUAUUAAUUAGUGGGGAUAGGGGCAACGAAAGUAAAUACAUUUUACCUUCUCCCUUAAAGGAACUUCAGUUAAAAGAUAUUGCUGAUAUUGAAAUUGAACAAAGUAAUAUAGAUGGAGAGGGGAUUGUACUCGACAAAAUCAAUGAGACACAUAAAGAAGCCGAAAAUAUUUCGAUAAAUUCCAAAACUAUCUUAAAAAAUAAUAAUGAUAAAAUGAUAGACACAAUCGAAGAGGAAGUAUGUGAGGAUGUCGUUCUGCAACAUUCGGCGUUGAUGUCUCAGUUUAAAGAAAACGCUCAGAGUUACCAAACAGUUACACUAGAUAGUGAUGUUGACGGUGACCAGCGUAUGCACGGUGAAGAAGGACGAAAACAAAAUGAAACAUUUUCCAGAAUUGGAAUAUUAGGUGAAGAUCAUUCAGUGGACAUUGCUACUGAAAAGGAGGUUGAUCAUGAUAGAGUCGACAGGUUUGAGACAGAUAUUGAAAAUAACAGUUCAAAUGCUUGUUUAGCAGUUGUUUCAGUCGAUAGUGGUGUUCUUAAUUCAGUAAAGAUCACCGAAAGUAUUAAAGAAAGAGAAACCGUUGGCUCUGUUGAACAUUAUCAUUUAGUCUCAGAGAACUUAAGGGAAAACGCUGCUCCGCUUCAAGCUGAUACUAAAAAUACCUAUGAAGAUUCCGACGCGUUUAGUAAUCUUUUAGUCAAUACUGUAUGUAAGGCUAUGUUGCCUACGACAGAAUGUUUAAAACAACAUAGAGGACUCAAACACUGGCUAGGGGAGGUAACAUCUACGGUUUCAUUGGCUGCCCAAGUUUCAAGGUCUCCUAAAAUUCUAUAUUCAUUACGUAUUUGCAUAGAACUUGCAGCGGAACUUAUUAUUCCUCUUAACUUAGAAAGUGGUUUACUGGAACAUAUAGGCAAUACAAUGAAAGAUGGAUCAGCUUUGGACACAGAGCCAGUGUUUUGUGCUAUCUUAGCUUUGGUUGACGCCGCUUUAACAGUAUCAGACUCCUGCACUGAAGAUAUAAGCAUAAUUUGCCAGAGGUCUUUGUCGUCUUACUUUCUUAGAUGUAUUUCAGCUGACCCUGAAACAGAAGCAUUUCAAUUUCUUUUUAAACUUAUCUUACAGAAGAAUAUACCUGAAAAUUGUAUUACUUUGUUUAAAGUUCCAUUAUACACAUUCAUGCAAACAAUAGACGGCGAAUUAUUGAACAGUGUGUUAUCGACAGACAUAUUGAAAACAUUGGAUAUGACCAUUUUGGAAACUGACACAAACAGCUCCUUUGAAGAAUGUGGGUUACAGUUAUUAGAAUGUUUAGACAACUGUUUAAAAGUUUUACUCAAAGAAGGGAGAUUUGAGGAUCCGUUCCUGAUAUUAAUAGCAGACCUUUUACAAGAUCUUUACCGAGAUGAAUUACUGUCCUUGAAUGGGUUCGACGAAGGAGCUGUUGAAAAUUUCAGUAGGGAAGCGGCCGAAGUUGGUUUUGGACAACGUGCGAUUGAAUUAUUUUACAUUUGCCAUAAAUCGUUGAAAGAACAUGAACCAGGAUUGAAAUACAUCGCAUCAGCUGCUUAUUGUAAAAGUUUUGUAAGUCAUGCAGCAAAUUUUCUACAGUAUGCCAAUAGUGAAGAUUACGGGAAAGUCUUGAAUAUUUUAGAUGUUGCACUGUCGGACCUUCCAGGAACUAGCACUCACUUUUUAACCAUAUUUUUCUUGAAACAAAUGCUGUCAAGUAAAAUUAUGAGCCAGUUACUCAGAUUUUGCAUUGUUAAUGAAGACAAAUAUAAAUUCCUGCGAGAUCUUGAGUGGAGUAAAAGUGCUUCAAUAAAACAAUUUGACAAAAGCCCACUUUGUAUGCAUGUGAGAGAAACUGUUCACAAAGACAGCUGUUUUGAUAUUGAAAGUAUUGAAAGCAGUGAAGUUCAAAAUAAAAUCGAAACUUUGGUCGCAAAUGCAAGUUCCAGUCGUUGUGGAAUGCUGCAGUUUUUCGCGUUUGUUUUACGUGAAUUCUACUUGCAGCUAACAGAAACAGACCUAGAUGACACACGUCGUACACAAGCUCAGCUAAUUCUAAAUGAGGUGAUGGGUUCAGACAUAAGCACAGAAUUAAGAAUAUUUGUUUCAUGUAUUUUAGGAGAACAAAACUUCAACUCAAAGGACUUUGUGUUAACUGACGCUUCUUCACCGGUUCAUAUAUGCAAAGCCUCGUUUCUGACAUCAUUAUAUAGCUUGAUUCUUGCCUAUAAUGAGUUUUGCUCAAAAUCUGCUGAGACUGAAGAAAUAAUGCCUAUUUUCACUAGAUGCCUCGUGUGUCCCGGAAAAAUAAAAACUUGUUUCAUACCGGGAUUUCCAAGUUUGUUAACAGAACAAUCAACAGACGAAGCAGAGCAUUCAGCAAAUGGAUCUGGCAUUUAUAUUGGGCAAUGUCAGUGUGGAUAUAGAAUAGCAUCAAGUGAUCGCCAGAUAGCAUGCGUUGUUUGUAGUCGAGAUGUUACAGUUACAGAAAGAUAUAUAACACCUGAAUUUACAGUGCUAACAACACAAGGAAAUAACCUAAAUAUAAACACCGUUUGCAAAUCUGAAACAAUGAACCCAGUAACGAGUCAUAUCUUACAGAUGCUAGUUAAAGGUUGCCUUUUAGGUUCGUUAUCACUUGGUUUUACAUCGGAAAACACUUUAGAAAGCGCCUUGAUGCUUCCUGAAAAUGAUGACGCUGUGAACUGUCUAUCACAGGGUAUUGGUAACCAUUGGGACACCAUGAAGGAGCUUUUGAAUGUGGAUGACAAAAACCUAACAACAUUGUUGCAUGCUGUAUUAUUAAAAGCAAACAAACAACUGUUUUGUACAAAAUGCUGUUUCGAAAAUUUGGAAGAAACUGUGGAAUGGGAGAAAGCGUUUGACAACACAGUUUUCUCAGUUUUAAAGUCAAGAUGUAGUAAUAUAAGAACAGUAUACCAACAUCAUAACCGUAUUCAUAAAGGAGACAAAUGUUCUAUUACAAUGAUCCUAUUUGAAAGUAACGAAUUGAGCAAUAUACCAGAUGAAACCAAACUUGCAUGCUUGCCUGCUACAUACAGAAUCAGGGCUAAUUCAGCAAAAUCUAACUUCCAGUAUGAAUUGCAUGAACGUCGAGAUAAAUUUCCUUUAAUCACAGCAGUUAUUGAACAAGAAAAGGAUCUGCAGCUUCCAAAGCACAUAUUAAACUUAGUUCAAUGGCACGCUGCAACAGUAGCAAAUGCAAGUUACAUGCUUAAGAGCCAUGACUGCAGUAUGAUGACAGUGCAAGAUUUUAUAUAUUUCAAACAGCACACAAUGAAAAAGGAUGUAAUGAAAAGUCGUUUCGAGGCCUUUCGGAAAUCAUGGGAUACCCUAAGAUCAGUGUGGCAAAAGGACGAUAUCUCAGAAAAGAUGGAACGAAUUCACAGUGAAAGUAAGAUAAACGAGUGUUUGAUAUUAAGCGACGAGUCACUACCAUUUAAGGUUCUCCAGAAACUUAUUGGGAUACAAAAUAGCUUUCUGGACAAAGUUCUUCUUUUUGCAAGUAAUUGCGAUGCGUUGAAAAUGUUGGAAAGAGAUGGGGUCUACGUUCUUCCAUGUGUACAUGUUACAGAGGUGAAGAAAGAAGAAUUGGUCAAUUACGAAGUAGAUUGGGAGACUUUGAUACAGCAGGAGUCACAAAGCAACCUCACUUAUGGCUGUGGGGGCCAAAUUCAUUAUGAUUUUCAUAGUAUAGAGGAAGCUGUUGCACAUGAAGUUGUUUUAGGGAAAUCAUACAUAAUAUCCGGAAACAGUCUUCCGGAGAUUGUCUUCAUUGAUGAGUUACACAAAAAUUAUGCUUCACUAAUAAGAGAACUGAGGAAAACUGUUCCUCAGCUACCACUUCCCGCGGAGAUUGGAAACGGCAUAAAAAGUCGAAAAGCUGAAGAUCCAAGAAUGUCAGUAGAACUGCUUACACAUUUGGGAAUUGUGAUGACACUCUUGAAGAAAACGAAAGGCGAUAAAGAUCAGCCUCUUGUCGACUUUGUAGACAAGUGGAAAUCCAUUCUAUGCAGAGACUUUCCAAAAAAGUUGCUACCAAGUCCAGAGAGUUGUGUGAAGUUAUGUCAUGUUGUUGCUCUAAGCGAACUUCUUGAAGAACUAUGUGCGGAUUCUGUGAAAGAAGGAUUAGGCGAUGAAUAUCGUGACAAACUGGAUGGACCUUUACAAGAUCACCUAUUGUUACAACUCAAAGAUGAGAAGUUAUCAUCGGUUCUGUUCAAAGCGUUCAAAAGGUUUACAUACAGAUGUCUGGCGUCUAAGACGGCUGAUCCAAAACAAUCUCUGCGAUUGUAUUUAACUGAUGAAUCAUUUUGGCCAAUGGAUGUGUUUCAGUAUGACACACUGGCAAUAGGUGGAAAUCGAUUAGGUAUAACAGAUGUACUGCCAGAUGGAUUGAUGGUUCGACAUAUAUUCGAAUGUUUUGAUUUAAUGGAAACCGAGAUUGAGAAAAGAAGACAGGGAAACAUCAAAAUGAGUGGAUUUGCAACAAGCUUUCAGGCAAAAUCAAAAGCUACGGUUCCCUCGAAGGCAGCGCAGAAGAAAAAGAAACUGACAGCUAUUCGGAAAUUUUAAGGAUCCUAGGAAGAUUAAGAGAUUAUCUAUUACAGUUUAUUUUUGGAUGGUGAUAGAUAUCAAGAUGAUAGACUUAAAGCAUCUAAUGUAGUGUCACAACGAUUCGACAAACAUUGUGGUCUCAAAACUCGUUAUUUUCAUUGUUGCCAGCAUUCUUGUAAUUAUAUAUUGAUGAGUAGGCGCAGAUUUUAUUAUCAUUUUGAAGAUGUCGGUGAUUCUUUGUUUAAUCCACAUUUAAUCUAAUUUUCGACGUAUAUAAAAAGACUUUUGUAAAUAGUUCACUACAAUAUUAAUCUCGUGGCUUUCUGUUUCAUAAAUGUUAGUUGUUCAUAUUGUUGAGGGCACUCAUCUGUUUCUGUGUGAGAUCGAAGUAUUUCCGCAUGUUAAUGCAUUUCUGAGUGGAAGUGUAAAAAUCUACACAUCGGUUUAUGAGUGAAAGAUAUUUUGAUAAAACAAACAAGUAUGUUGUUAUCCCAUGUCUUUUCAUUUUUUUAAAAUAAACAUUUACACAUUUAUUCUGUAACAAUUACACAUAACGUCAUGACAACAAUAAUUAUAUCAGAAAUGCUUACAAACUUGUGUGUUUUUCUUACAGAUUCCCUUUACCUUAUGUAAAUAAUAUAUUAUUCUUAUGUUUUAAUUGUUUGUUACUAUGUUCUAAUUGAAGUAUAUUUUUAUAUUUUAAGAAUUUCCCACUUAUUGUAAGUCAUAUUCAUCCUUGUUCAAGUGUAGUUUCGCACCAGUGAAAUUACAUUAUGACAAAUACAAAUUUCAUCGUUAAAUUGAUUUAAGAGUACAUGAACACAUUAAAAACACAAUUAUGAUUACUUCAUACUUUUUUUCUUCAAAAGUUCUUUCAUAGCACUUUUGAAUAUUUUCAUUAUCAUAUGGAACAUUUUAGAUUCUUGUCAUUAUUGUCAUUACUAAUAAUUUCCUUUAAUGUUUGAACUUUGUUAGAUAUCGACAUUUUUUUAUUGUAAUAUAUAAACACAAUCAUUUUUGUGUAGAAAGCUGUUUUUGUUUAUUCAAGUCCUCCGCGUGGAAACGAUAGUUGUAAAUAUUUUUAUUGUGAUGUAGAAUAGUUUAUUUUAUUAUACACUAUUUUAUUUAUUGUGCCAGCAGUGAUGCAUCUUUUAUUUUUAAUUUAACCCAUGAUUGUUUCAUAAGUGUAUUUUUUUCUCUUUUGGUUUAUUAGUAAGUCCCAGCAAUACAUUUCAUUCACAUUACUAUAAAGGUGACUGGAAACCCGAGUUGCCUCUGUUAAUUUAUGCACAAGAAGACACCCGAGUAGAAUCACCAACGUUCCCAAAGCCGGCUAGGGUAGAGAGAAUGGGCUCGAGAAAGCUUCAGACUUGAAGAAAUCUUAAGUGAGUGACUUUAAACACUUGGCCGUGGAGACCCACUACACCAAGUGAGUCAAUAGCCUCUUAACAUGAUUAACAAGUUUUAUCUAAAGGAUGAAAGAAAUUAAGUCUGUUGCAUGUACGAAUGUUUUAUUAUGAGAUGCAUUUUGAUAUUUAAGUUACGUUGUAUAUUUUAAAUUUUGAUUGAUUAUAUGCUGUUAUAUUAUUUUAGCAAAUAUUCUUAUCUGUGUUCUUUUGUUUUGUUUUGUUUUCUGAAUGUUUAAAUUCAUCUUUUUGUUGUUGUUGUUGUUGUUUUGUAUAGAAAUACUUCAAACGUUUUUGGUAAUAACAACAACAUUGGUAGCAAGGGCCGUCGCGUGAUUGCAAGCGAGAUCUGACUGCAAAUGGCGUUGCUCGAAACAAAGGUAUCUUUAUAGUAAGGAGGGUUAUAAUUGUACCCCCCGACAACAAAGUUGUAAGGGGGGUAUACUGGUUUCA